GAGAGCCGGAGAGCGAGAGGAAGCGGACCACAGCAUCUUUGCCGGAGCAUCCCCAGGGUACCAGCCCGGCAGGCGUCAUGAGUAAGCUGAGCUCUAAUGAGUCACCGUCCCCCAACGAGAUUCCUGGCCGGGAGGAAAAAGACAAAGCUGGGAGUACCAAGAAGGUGGAAGCUGAAGAGGAGGAAAUAGACAUUGAUCUGAACGCGCCUGAAACCGAGAAAGCCGCCUUGGCCAUCCAGGGCAAAUUCCGACGCUUCCAGAAACGGAAAAAGGACCCCAGCCCCUGAGCAGCCACAGCGCCGACCUCACCUCUCCACCGCUCUCCCCAUUAACCUCGGGCCCCGCCUCCCGACCCUCUCCUCCCUCUGCGCAGCCUGCCUCGCCCCGUUUCCUCUUAUCCUACCCAUGUCAGGUGGGGCUAGUGAAAUUUUGCACGUUCUGUAAUAUAAUCAAGCAGGGGUGGGGUGGGUUUUCAGGGUAUGAGAGGGGUCAGACUCUCUCCAAA